UUAGUUUAUUUCCACACGAGCAUCGAAAGUCGAUCUAUUUUGAUUUUAUAGAAAAAAAUGAAUUUAUUUGUUUUCAAACGUUUUAAAUUUAUUUUUGUAAAAGUCUAUGUUGGAUUUGGUUUAGUGGGGAGCAUUAAACUAUUUGUUUAAUAAAUUAAAGUGUUGUCAACUCUAUCAUUUUUUAACUAUUUUUAGAAUAUUUUUAUUCUGAGGCCAGUAUAGGACUCUGAGUAGUAAUACUUUGGAUAGUGGACUGAGAUCUGUUUGAUUUUUCGUUUCUGUAGCUCUUAAAUAUUUAAGCGUUGCCCAUUUGUGGUUUUGAAGGUGGCUAUGGUUGUUUCAAGGCCAUCUUCACUAUCUCAUGCCAUUGAAAAACAUGGACUUCACAUUUUAUCUAUUUCAAAAUUAAGUUUGUCCGCAUAGGCGGAAAGAAAUUAUGUUGAACUAAUUUAUUCGGAAACCAAAUCCGUCACUGUAACAGUUAGAUAAUUGAUGUUGAAUUUUGGACUAAUGUUGGACAAUGAUAAUAAGACGGGAUUAACUUUUGUUUUUGAAACACAGUCCUUGGACCUGAAAAUUGAAUAACGAAGAUUCCAAUUAAUGCAACUUGUUAAUUCUCGAGGAUUUGGGUAUGGGAAAUGCGUUAGUGAUCAAAUAUUUGUUAUUUUUGCUGGAUCAGUGAGAAUUAUGAGGCAAAUUUAAUCGAGGAACGUGGAGAGAGUUUUGAAUUUUUUGAAUUCAUGUUUCAACUUUCUUAUCAUCAUAUGUGAAUGUAUGCAUUGUGUUAUUGAAUCACAUUUCAUGGUUAGAAGUUUGUUGCUGGAUCUCUUGUUUUCCACUUACUAGCUGAACUUUCGCAUUUAGAAGUUCUUCCCAUGAUUGCCUUUAUGUUCUCGUUGCAGGGAAAAACUGCCUCAUUCUAUGACCGCUACAGAAGUAGAUGCUUUUAGUUUCAUUUCAUUGAACUAUGUGGCCUUAGCUGUAGCCAGUAUCUGAGCUGAAGAGAUGCCAUUAACCCGCAGUCAGCUGGAAUGAAGACCUUACAGAAGACCCAAGAAGUACAGUCCUCAACCCAAGUUUCACAGGACUCCCAAAGUGACCAAAAGAACAAUCACACAACAGAGGCAACUGUAGCAGACUCUGGUUCAGUAUCUGCUUCAAGUAAUGAUAGCCGAAAGGUUUCACGCCAAGAUAUUGAACUUGUCCAGAAUCUUAUAGAGCGCUGCUUGCAAUUGUACAUGAAUAGAGAUGAGGUGGUCAAAACCCUCUUGACGCGUGCGCGGAUAGACCCUGGAUUUACAACACUAGUAUGGCAGAAAUUGGAAGAAGAAAAUGCAGAUUUCUUCAGGGCCUAUUACAUAAGGCUGAAACUGAAGAAGCAAAUUCUCUUAUUCAAUCAUUUGCUUGAACAUCAAUAUCAUCUUAUGAAGUUUCCUGUACCUACGAAGGUUCCUUUGGCCCCCAUACAAAAUGGGAUUCAUCCCAUGCCCGUUAACAAUUUACCUAUGGGAUACCCUGUCAUGCAACAACCUCCAAUGCCAGCUCCAGGUCAGCCCCAUAUUGAUUCCAUGGGCUGUGGAAUAUCAAGCUGCCAUGUGGUCAAUGGAUUCCCUGCUCCAGGAAAUUUUCAUCCCUUUCGGAUGAAUUCUGGGAACAAUUUGGCGAUGGAAAACAAUACACCUGAUAUGGCUACUGUAGUUCCACCAAGCAGUGCCAUGUCAUCCAUGUCUGAUAUGCCUGUGAGUCCUACAUCAGUGGCAUCCAGUGGUCACUUUCCGUUUGCUGCAUCAGAAAUAUCAGGAAUGGGAGUUGACAUAUCAGCACUUGAUACAGCAUUUACAUCUGAUGUGGCCAGCUCAGUAGGAUUGCAGCUUGGAUCAGAUGGUGGGGCUGGUACCUCCGGAUCAUUAGAUCAGAUUCAGUGGAAUUUAAGCCUCUCCGACUUAACAGCAGAUCUAUCAAACUUGGGAGAUUUGGGAGCCCUAGGGAACUAUCCUGGAUCUCCAUUUCUGCCCUCUGAUUCAGAAAUUUUACUUGAUUCUCCCGAGCACGAGGACAUAGUGGAAGAAUUUUUUGUGGAUUCUGUCCCUGGUCCAUCAUCCCAAUCAGAUGAAGAGAAAUCCUAGGCUAAGGUGAGGUCCCAUACUUUUUCUGGUCGAAAUUUUUAGGAUAGAAUAAACUAAACAUUUGCUAUCCAUUCUCUAGGAACAAUGAUAUUUUACAGAAUUGAACGUUUGUGUUACAGUAACGUAAUUUAUUAGCAUGCCAUGGGAAAUAGUCCUGUUGUAAUUUUUAACCCAUCAAUAAAGAAGGUAGAAGUGUAAGCUUAUACUUGUUUUUCCCUUCA